AUGAGGCGGAGCAGAGAGGGAAAAAGGAGAAACAUAAACUAUUCAUCUCCAACAAGAGACCAACCCGAUAGCCAAUCAUUGUUCGAAUCAAAGCCGCCGUCUGGUUCUAGUCGGCGUAGCCUCUCACCUCCCUCAACCUCUCUGCUCGACCGUGAACUCAUAACCGAAGACCUUGCUUUGUUCGAAAACCUACAAAUCUCCCCUCAAAACCCUAAUCCCAGGAGCUUUCCGUACAGUGUGAAGCAGCAAUGCUGGGAGAAAGCGGAGAAGAUCAGAGGCCGAGACCCAAAUCGGUGGCGAAGGGACGCAUUAGGGAACAUGGUGUUUCGAAAGCUUGUGGGGUGUCCCGGGUGUCUCUGCCAUGACUAUGAUCACAUUGUUCCUUACUCUAAGGGGGGAAAAAGCACAUUGGAAAACUGUCAGGUUUUACAGGGAUGUGAGAGCUCCCUACAUCUGUAGACUUUGGAGGUCAUUGCUUGGGUGGACUCCUGCUGAAAAAGUGGCAGAAUUCACUGCUGGCGUUGUAGAGUAAGCUUUUCAAGUGACGUAGCAGGUGGUGACAUCAGCCAUGACAUGCUUACCUGAUUUAUUCAGACUGGCUACAGAUUACAGAAGAUAUGCUUCCAUGACCAUAAGGAUUCCCUGUUUGGAGUUUCCUGUUUCCUUCUUCUGGUAGAGAUUUUUUCAGAGAUUGAGCUUGAUUAACAGUGGAAUUGGGUGUUUUGUAGGGAUCUCCAUUUGGAGUAGGAAUUGUGAUACUUAAAAGGCUGUAGCUUAACGAGGGUCGUCAUUCACUGUGAACUUUUUAUUCUGAUCUUUGGGAAUCAGUGGGGGGUUACAUAUUAUUCUGAA